GGCGUCCAUCUCGGCAUUCAAACCAACAGUCAACGGGUGUUGCGACGUGUCAAAGACAGCGCUGACAGGAAGGUUGGUGUGGCCAAUCUGUAUGCGGGUGAUGUGAUUCUGCUGCCUUAUCCGGCCUUGCGCACAUUGUGUGAACUCAAGGAGCAGGACGCGACUGGACAGCAACCGACUUCGGCGUACAUCUGCAAGAGCUACUUCCGUGACCUGAUGGAUUCGAAAACUUUAUGUGCUGCCUUCGUGAUGACAAAUUUUGACACUUUGAACAAUUUGAUUUUAUCAUGUUUGAACAGAAGCGACAGACUUCUGUCCGGUUCGAGCCUCAAAAAUGCUAGACAACACAGUCGAUGCUGGAUAGUACGCGACCCAAUGCUAGAGGGCGCACUCAAUCAUGCCAGACAGCGCAAAAUCACAGUUCGAUGCUACAGUCAGAUAGCGCAGCACCCAAGAAGUACGUAUAACUUCAGCUUCUUUUCCCUUAUAUAUAUAAUUUCGUUUUCAUCCUCUAAACCCGAUGCUCCCUCUGUUCCGUGGCGACACUUCGCACAUGACAGCGGUUGGCCAGGAGGCUUUGGGCCAUUAUUUCUGGCAGUAUUAUGGUAAUCCGUUUGAGCCUUCGGAUUUCCUGAAGCAGUACGUGGCUGACGACCUGCUACCGGAAAACAAGAGGGACUGGAGUGGGCGCUAG